UUCCCGUCUUGCAAGAUGGCGGGUGAAAAAGUUGAGAAGCCGGUUUCUAAAGAGAAGAAACCUGUUAAUAAAGAGAAGAGGCCUAAGGCCAAGAAGGGGAAGCCCCACUGCAGCAGAAAUCCUGUUCUUGUUAGAGGAAUAGGCAGAUAUUCCCAAUCUGCCAUGUAUGCGAGAAAGGCUAUGUAUAAGAGGAAAUACUCAGCAGCUAAAUCCAAGAUUGAAAAGAAAAAGAAGGCGAAGGUCCUUGCCACUGUUACAAAACCAGUUGGUGGGGACAAGAAUGGUGGUACUCGGGUCGUUAAACUUCGCAAAAUGCCUAGAUACUAUUCCACUGAAGAUGUGCCUCGAAAGCUAUUGAGCCAUGGCAAAAAACCAUUCAGUCAGCAUGUGAGAAAACUGCGAUCUAGCAUCACACCCGGGACCAUUCUAAUUAUCCUCACUGGACGCCACAGAGGCAAGAGAGUGGUUUUCCUAAAGCAACUGGGCAGUGGCUUGCUACUUGUGACUGGACCUCUGUCCCUUAACAGAGUUCCUCUACGAAGGACAAACCAGAAAUUUGUCAUUGCCACCACCACAAAAAUUGACAUCAGUAAUGUUAAAAUCCCGAAGCAUCUUACUGAUGCUUAUUUCAAGAAGAAGAAGCUCCGGAAGCCCAGACACCAGGAAGGUGAGAUCUUCACCACAGAAAAAGAGAAAUAUGAGAUAACAGAACAGCGCAAGGUUGAUCAAAAAGCUGUGGACUCGCAAAUUUUACCGAAGAUCAAGGCUAUUCCUCAGCUCCAGGGCUAUCUGCGAUGCGUGUUUGCCCUGACAAAUGGAGCUUACCCUCAUAAAAUGGUGUUUUAAAUUUCUUAAAGAGAACCUAAUUAAACGGCUAAUAGAUAAAAAAAAAAAAA